GAAUGCAUGUGGUUGGGCCCCACGCCUCCGAGGAAGCCAUGCAAGGGUGACCCGGGAUGCUCUCCCCACCCCGGCCCCCUCCCUUCCCAGGGGGCGGCCCACAUCCAGGCCGGAGUCCGGGUGGGGCGGCGCCGGCAAGGAUGAAUAAUUGAGGUAGAGGGGAGGAGGAAGAGGAGCGGCGGAGGAAGAGCGGGAGGCGGGAGCCGCCCGCGCAGGGUCCUCCCCACUCCGCACCCCACCCGCUCCGCCGCCCGGAAGUCGCUCCCCGCCUCCUGCUCCGCCAACAUGGCCGCGAAGUCGGAUGGAGCGGUGGCCGCGGCCGGCCCGGGGCCCGAGGGGCCGGCGGGAGCAGCCCGGGGCGGGGCAGGAGGGCGCGGGGAGGUAGCGGCGGAGAUCGCGGGCCCCGGCCCGGCGGCGGCGGGGGGCCCGGGGCCGCGCUACGAGCUGCGGGACUGCUGCUGGGUGCUGUGCGCGCUGCUCGUGUUCUUCUCCGACGGCGCCACCGACCUGUGGCUGGCGGCCUCCUACUACCUGCAGGGUCAGAGCACCUACUUCGGCCUCACCUUGCUCUUCGUGCUUCUGCCCUCGCUGGUGGUGCAGCUUCUCAGCUUCCGCUGGUUCGUCUACGACUACUCGGAGACCGCGGGGACCCCGGGACCCGCCGUCAGCACCAAGGACAGCGACAUAGUCGGAGCCGCCAUCAGCACCAAGGACAGCGCUGUCGCCUUCAGGACCAAAGAAGGCAGCCCGGAGCUGGUGCCCCGGUCCGUGCCGUCCUCGGCCAGCACCUACCGCCGCCGCUGCUGCCGCCUCUGCGUCUGGCUGCUGCAGACCCUCGUUCACCUCCUGCAGCUCGGCCAGGUCUGGAGGUACCUGCGCGCCCUGUACCUGGGGCUACAGAGCCGCUGGCGCGGGGAGCCGCUGCGGCGUCACUUCUACUGGCGGAUGCUGUUCGAGAGCGCGGAUGUGAGCAUGCUGCGUCUGCUGGAGACUUUCCUGCGCAGCGCGCCACAGCUGGUACUGCAGCUCAGCCUGCUGGUCUACCACAGCCGACAGCCAGACCUGCUGACUGCCCUCUCCAUCUCUGCCUCCCUUGUGUCCCUGGCCUGGACACUGGCAUCCUACCAGAAGGUGCUGAGAGACUCAAGAGAUGACAAGCGGCCCCUGUCCUACAAGGGCGCUGUAGCCCAAGUACUAUGGCACCUGUUCACCAUUGCAGCCCGAACCCUGGCUUUUGCCCUCUUUGCCAGCGUCUACAAGCUCUACUUUGGCAUUUUCAUCGUAGCCCACUGGUGCAUCAUGACCUUCUGGGUUAUCCAGGGUGAGACAGACUUCUGCAUGUCCAAGUGGGAAGAGAUCAUCUACAACAUGGUGGUGGGUAUCAUCUACAUCUUCUGCUGGUUCAACGUCAAGGAGGGCCGCAGCCGCCGCCGUGUCACCCUCUACUACUGCAUUGUGCUGCUAGAGAACGCAGCACUCACUGGCUUCUGGUACUCCAGCCAAAACUUCUCCACUGACUUCUACUCACUCAUCCUGGUCUGCGUGGUAGCCUCCAGCUUUGCCCUGGGCAUAUUCUUUAUGUGUGUCUAUUACUGUCUCCUGCACCCCAAUGGGCCCAUGCUGAGGCCCCAGGCACCUGGCUGCAUCUUCCCUGAAGCCCCAGGGCCCUGUGCCCCUCCUGCUGAUGCCAUCACAAGUCCACCAAGGUCUCUGCCAAGGACUACAGGCACUGAGCGGGAUGGGGCCUCAGUGGGAGGUGAGCGAGCUGGGACUCCUACGCCACCUGUCUUCCAGGUGCGACCUGGUUUGCCUCCCACGCCAGUGGCUCGCCCCUUGCGGACAGAGGGGCCUGUCAUUCGGAUUGACUUGCCUCGGAAAAAGUACCCAGCAUGGGAUGCUCAUUUUAUUGACCGCCGGCUCCGGAAGACCAUUCUGGCUUUGGAGUAUUCUUCACCUGCCACGCCCAGGUUACAGUAUCGGAGCAUGGGCACCUCCCAGGAGCUGCUGGAGUAUGAGACCACAGUGUAGGCACAAUCUGCCUCCCAAAAGGGACAGGCUUGGCUGAUCCCACAUUGACCACAGUGUUGAGUCUGGAAUUUGGGGCCACCAGGCUAAGUGGGAGUAGAUCUUUGGAUCCAAGAAUGGCCCCACCAUGGGGUUCCCUUAGGGGAGAGGGCAGCCCUGUGGAGGCCCGAGGCCUCAUUUUUAGCCCUAUGGCUCAUUCUCUAAGUUCCCCUGGACCAGGGCACAGGGCGUCAACUGGUGCUACUCCCUCAUAAACUGCCCCACUCUCGUGGGGAUGCCAUAUUAUGCUUGGCACAAGGGUCUUCACCUUUUCCCCUGCCUAGAAUCAUCCCACAUCACUCCUGGUGGGCCUACCAGAGAAAAGGCACUCCUCAGGGAGUGUGGGGGAAGGGCUGCCUUGUGGUAGGUGGGGAUCCCUGAGAAAGGAUGGAAAAGGCUGUGGGGGAUGUGGGAUAAAUUGGGGGGAAUCUCUGGACAUAAUUGCCACAGUUCCUGGAAGGGGAACUGGACAGGUGAAGAAUUAGAGCAGGGAGUUGGGGAGGGAGUUUGGGGAUCUGACAGUGCAGACAUUGGCAGGAUAAAGAACCCUAAAGAGUGAGGGCUGACAGCAGUGUGGAGGAGUACAGCGUGGGCUGGGGUGCCUUUGCUUGGGAGGUGCAUUUGGUUGGGAGCUAUGUUAUGGAUGAAGUCUAGACCCCUCAGGUGAGAGGUCAUAAGGGACUGUUUGUUCUAGACGUGCAUCUGAGAUGUUCCCUGUAGACAAAGGUCUUAAGUACAGCAGAUAAAAUGUCUGGGAUGGUACUCUGUCUGGCUCUAGCAUACUGAGAGAGGACCUGUUGGGGAGAUGUCUUAGUCUAGAAUACCUCUCGAUACAUGUCCUAGGGAGCUGCUGAUCUUUUAUAAGGAUCAAGGACACUGGAGCUCUGCUGCUCUAAUGUAGAUGAUUCUAGCUUCUGCCAUGGAUGGUAGAGGAGGGGAUAUGGAAGCGUGGACCACAUGGGUGCUCUAGUUCUAGGCUGCCAGGAUUUAUGGGAGUUCUAGAUCCCCUCCCAUGUCCCCAGUCCUAUCUUCUCUAAAAGGAAAUGUCCUCAGAACCCUUGAGACAUUUCUGCUGCCAAGUGGUUCUCAGCUGGAAAAAAAAAAAAAUAGCUCUGGGGAUGUGACAUAAACUUGGCUUCCUGCUACCCAGCAGCUGAGGUUCUCUGGGGCAGCAUCUAGGAAACUGACUUGUUUUGUCUCAAAUCUGAGGCUCCAGGCCUGUGACCCAUUCCCAUGGUCCAGACAUCCUGGGUUGCACCAGGGACCAUCAUCCUGGGAUGUGCACCUGGCUUGGGACAGGUCAUCUUGACUGGGGCACAUUAUGGGCAGGAUUAUGGAUCUGGGGGGCUGGGCAGCUCUGUAAAACAGAAGGUGGAGCUUUAGGCAGGGCCUAGAGCCUCUUGUCACUCCCCUAUGCCAGCUGAGGUGACUCACUGGAAGGGGACAAGCCAGGGACUUGGGGGACAAGAGCAGACUGGGCUGGAAGUGUGGGGGCCAUAAGAAUCCUAGACUAUGCAAGUAAGAUUUCUUAGCCCUCCCUGGCUCAGCCUCCCUUGGAGUUACAGAUAGAAAACAGACCUAGAGUAGCUGCUGCUCUCACAAGAUCUUAGACUCCUGAUUGUCCCAUCAGUGGUGUUGUGGCCGUGAUCGAUUUGCUGAGGAGGCUGAGAGGGAGCUACACUCAGGGUGAGGCUGAGAGGGCACACUAUGUGUAUGCACACAUGAGCACACAUCAUACCCAGGAUACGAGCCACCCAGCCUGGCACCAUGGGUCGCUGUAUUCAUUCUGCCGGUACAGAAUGCCUUUCCCUCUCUCUACUUCACUGACCCCCAAGAGGCCUCCAGAGAGACAGAUCGCUUCAUCCUGCUCCAGGCCUGCUCAUUCUCUUUUCCCUUUACCCUGAGCUAGCUUUGGAGACCAGUUCCAUGGCCAGCUAUCCACCUGUCACCAUCUCUGUAAGAUGGGGCAUUGAGGGCGGGCCCCAAGCCCAAGCAGUCUGAUUCUGCAGGAGUCGUGGUGCCAGGAACUGUCACUCCAUUGUUUCCCCUGUGUGUGGGGCACCCUUACAAGAGCUGAACCUCCAUCCCACACAUCAGAAUGGUGACAUUUGGACUACCCUUGGCAAGUUAUUUUAACCACCACCACGCCCACCACGCCCACCACGCCCACCACGCCCACCACACCAGGGUCCUAGAACGGCCCUGUGGAUGCCCCAUUCUCCAGCAGCCUAGAAGGAAAGGUUUUGGAACCCUUAGUUGGUUGUUGCCAGAGGCCAGGGCAGGCAGGGAAGCAGGAUAAGAGAGCCAGGCAUGGCCUGAGGCUGCAGGGAAGUCAUGACCACAUUUUCCAUCCUAAUCUCACAGAGCUCUCCCUAGGACCCUGCCUGCAAGGAGAUUUGAGCACCAGGAAAGGUCAUGGUCAGAGGGCCUCACCUUUCUCACUAUCUGGACAGAGCCCAUCUCCCCCAGGUAUUAGUCCCCCUCCUCCUAGCUCAGGACCCCAUCCUUCCUGGCCUGAGGCCUCUCUCAUCACUGGCCUGUGUUUUUGCUUCACUAGGACAGAAGAAUCAGAAUGGGAAAAGGCCCCAUCUUCUUGGAGCUGGUUUAUUUUAUUUUAUUUUAUUUUAUUUUAUUGGUUCCUUUCUGUGACACAAUCUACCUCAGCCGGUCUUUUUCCCCUGCCACAACUGGACCCCUGGGGUCCUCCACUCCUGUCCACAGACCAUUAACUGAGUCUGGAUUCUUAGUUCUUCCCGGGACCCCUGUAAGGUUCCUCCAGUGAGAGAGGACUUUGGUACCAUAGCCUUGAAGGAAGGGUCCCCAUAGUCACCUGUCUUUCAUAUCCAUUAAAUAGAAGAAGCAGAGAGGGCCACACAUUUGCCCAAAGUCAUACAGCAAGUUAAUGGAACCACAGGGUCUUCCCAGUAAAAGUUAGCUCUGUCUUAACUUCUUCAGGCGCAGCAGGUAACAGGACGUCUUGGGGACAGAAAUGCCAGGCCUUCCCUUCCUAAUGUAGAACCCUGCCUCCUGUUCCGUGAGCUUCCACCCUCAAAUCAACUCCAGCCACUGCCUGUGUUCCUCAUACCUCCCCAGGCACCAUGAACUGUACCUCCACUCACCAAUGUACCAUGUGCCUUGUACCCCAGCCAACAGCACAGGCCUCCACCCUCCCCUGCAGGGACUAUCUAAAAAUGUGGGCUUGGUCCCUUCCUCUCAUCUCCCCCAAAUCUGCCUUACUCUCAGCUGGACCCCUCCUGCACCUGAAAUGUGUCACCCCGAGGGCUGAAGAAGCAGAGGUCCGGGAGGGCAAGGCUGAGAAUGUGCAGGUUUCCAGAUGAGAACAUGGGGGGCUUGGGACCAUCAUCCCCAAACACUCCUCUGAAGACUAAAGUUCUGCAAGCCCUUGCACUGCAGCUUGCCUGGGGCUGGAGUCCAUGAAGGCUGACAGUGGGAAGAAGGUUCUCUGAGGCAGGGUGCAUGGGUAUAAACUCAGAUACCCCCAGAAAGGAAAGUGGGGUGAGUGGAGGUUCGAGAAAGCAGAACUGUGGGGAUGGGCAGGAGGAAGGUGUUCCAAUGAACAAUGAGGUUUAGGCUUUGGAAAACAACCUACUGUCCACCAGUCUGAGGCUUCUAAUGCAUCAACCCCUCCAGGGAUGUUGGGAGCCUCUGGGACUUGGCUUGGUCUAACCCUAAAUCUCACCCUGCAUGUCUGGAAGGCUCCAGGUCCCUGGUUGUUCCCAACAUCUGAUAAGGGGUCCCUUAUGUGCUUCAGGAGGUUGCUUAGGACCUGGAGUCUUUUCUAGUUUGGGGGCUCCUGAUUCAGAGGGACUCUCCAGGUAGGGGCAGAGUUUAGGCACAGGUUGCUAACUGAACACCAGGAACCCUGACCCAUCCCAUGCUGCUCCACAGCUCUUUGGCAUCUGCUUCCUUCAUUGACUGAGCCUGGGUGAGGCUGAAGGAGCAGAGCUGAAACCUAUAGGCAAGCACUUUGUGGUGUUGCAAGGGAAGGGACUGGCUGAGUAUCAACCCCCAGAGGGAGCACGGUAGGGGUCUGAGUCCCCCUUCUAGUCAAGGACACUUCUGAGGCCCUGGGCUUAGGGGAACAUGUGUGCCCUUGGGUUGGGACACUGAGUUCUGGGUUGCUGCUAGUAGAUGCAAGGAGAGGAAGAACUGAAUUGGGACACUGUUGGGGACGGGGCAAGGAGGGUCCACCCCAACCAGGUCUGACUCCUGCAGGCAGAAUCCCCAGGGCACAGUGUUCCCAUGCUCAGCCCCUACCACUGUAACCACGCCGAGGCCACCUGCUCCCUCCUCAGCAUCUCUGGCCUUUAUUCUAUGCACAACUCUUUACGAGUCCCCCGGCCAGGCUGGAUGGUGGGAGCUAAGAUAUCUGCAAUAAUCUCAUAGUGGAUGGGGUCUCGGGACAAAGAGAGAGCAAGGGGAGCCACAGGAGGGGGGGGGAUAUUACUCUCCCUCCCUCACCAAGUAUCAGAAUCCAGUCAGACCUAAUAGGACUCUCUCUCCCUGCCCUCUUCCUGUCUGGUUUCCAAACUAUAAGAGGGGUCCCCAGAGCCCUCAGGAUUCCCCAAGGAUGUUAUGGCUUGAGAAGUAGUUUUGGUUUUCCUCCCAAAAAGAGCCAACUUAAUAAAGCAUUGGUUUCGCGACCUUAGACUAAAGCUGAGUGGAUAGCGGAUACCGCCUAGUGAGGACUUGUGUCAGCUUCCAGGACUCAAGUGUGAAGGACUUCUGCAUUCUAUGUUGGAUGGCUUAAUGCAGAAUCCUCAGAAAUACUCAUGGAUGUCAGGGCCUGCCGCUGCAGACCCUUGGGUGGGGCCUGGGACCUCCACGUUGGGCAUCGGUGGUUCAAUUAUCCAGUUACUUCGUAGUUUACAGAUGGGGCAGGCCCAGAGAUGGGAGGCAACUUGCCCAAGCUCACACAGCAAGCUGGUGGUAAGCUAGAACUAGACCCAAGGUCCCUUGGGAGGGGGAUCCCACCAGAAUAACUUCACCUCUGCUAUCCCAACCUGUCCACAGAAACCACUAGCCAUGCCUAAGGGCCCAAUUUCCCUGUCAGCACAACUCCAGGUGACAUCCCCCGUGUUUUCACUCCCCUCUGUGGUCAGCCCCACUUCCUGGUAUUUACUACACCUGUGCCAUCCCCAACCCCCAGCCCAACUGGCCCUUUCAAGCUUUCCCUGGGCAGGGGAGGGGCCCAAGCUGGGGCUUCUAUACUGAGACUUUUGUACACCACAAACUUUUUGUAUAUUUUUAAUUUUGCUGCAACACGAGAUAUUAAAAGUCAUUUCAGUACA